AUGCCUAUAAGCGUUUUUGAAAAGAAAAAAUUAAAAAUUCAAGGGAUAUUUAUCGAUUCUGAUAAAUGGGAUUACAAAGGUCCUAAAGAAAUUGACAGUCAGAUCUCACAACUAAAUUUUUUUAAAUAUAUUUUUAUCGCCAAAUGAACAGAAAAUAUAAAUAUUAUUCUCCUUCCCCUUUGGGUAAUUUUUAAUAAAUUUACUAUUUGAAUUUUAAUUGAUUUUUUACAUUUUUUAAUAUUUAAAAAUAUACAAAUGCUUAUUUUAUCUAAGAGUAGACAUAAAGAUAUUAUAUACAAAAACAAAAAAAUAAGCUAUUCUAGUUUGGUAAUUUUUUACGAAAUCUAUAAUAUUUAA